AUGGAGCAGAACUUUUCUAUUUGGUUUGUUUCUUCACAGAAAGGUCAGCUGAGUGAAUUCACGUCAAUCUUAGGCACCCAGCCGGGCUUGCGGCCAGAACUGUACAGCAACGAUCCAUGGGUAGAGUUCAUAGAAGUGGACAUCGACGAACCGCAUGAGAGCCAGGAGGAGCUCCUUGUCGCUGAUUCUCCGGUCUCUGAUUCGCCUCAAAUGUCCAGUAGUUUCAGGGAUGAUGACUCGGGUCGGGCUAGCUGCUGUGAUCCGGACCUGUCAGAUCAUGAUCAAACGGAUCUACAUCACCCUUCAGCCAGCAACCACGAUGGUUUCCACCCAUUGUCAUGUACACAAGACACUACCUGGUCAAACAGCCUUUACUCACAAGUGAGAGAUGUCACUCAGCGUGGUGAAGUUGUGCUUUCUCCUGAAGAGCAAGAAACAAUGGCUCUGAAGGAUAAAGACCACAAUAAGAGGAAAGAAAUCCAACAGUUGGUAGUGAUUCCUGACGAAAGAGGCUACACCUCUGAGUUUGUUGCCAGCACAAUCAGCACCCACCACAAUAAACCAAACCCACCGGCAGACCAAUCACAGAGUCAAGAACAACACGGUGCAUUCAGGGACCUUCAAAUCCUGAGCACUGAAACGGUUACGUCGCCACAGUCCACUGCAUUUCCCAUCCUUGCAAUGCCUACCAGUCCGGAGUACACCAUGGUAGAUGGUGUGGACUGGAAAAAUAGUCUCCUCCUGAAACCUAAUACACCAACCGCCCCACAGAAGGCAGCAGUGAAGACUUUGCCCACUCCUGAAGGGUACUUGACUCCUGACGUACUCGACAACAUUACACCUUAACUAAAAGUGGAGUACGUUUGCUCUUUGUGAGAUAUCGGACAUGGUUAGCCAACACCAAACAUGAUGUGUCAUCCAUGAGGAGGGAAUUUUGAAACGAAGCCAGUUCUCAAGCGUUCUCCAGUGGAAUGGAAGUCAUGAAACAAAUCUAUUGGCAAGCUAAUAAAUGGCUUCAUUAGGCCUAGAAUCUUUUCUUUAUUCUCCUAAUUUGGAGGGUUAACAGCUUCAGGGGUUAGUGUGAGCAGAUAUGGAGCAGAAGUAUAUUAGCUGGUUGUUUACUGUCAUAAAAAGAUAGCAACUGAUAUUUUAUGCUCUCACAUGUUGUGUAACAGCUAUAUUGCUCUAUUACCGUCUCCAUAUUGUAUGCACUUGUAUUAUUUGUUUUCACUGAACUAACUACCAACUACGUCUGUGUAAACUGUAAAGUGCCUACUUUAGAUUCUAUUUCAACAGCAGUGUUAAAAAUAGUGCACAUUUAAAUCAAAAGGGGUUUAUGUGAACUGUUUAUGUGAACUGUUACAGGCUCUUGUCCUCAGUGCCAUUUUUUUCCAUAAAAGACUGGACAGGCUUUUGUGCCACAGUGAUGUAAAUAUGGUGUUUUUUUUCUUUUCUUGUAACAAGUGUUCUUAGCUGAAA